GCUGCUGGGGAGAGGCGAGAGCACUCUCAUCACCACACCGUCCGCCAGGCAAGAGCACUCUCAUCACCACACCGUCCGCCAGGCAAGAGCACUCUCAUCACCACACCGUCCGCCAGCCGAGGCACAAAGGAACCACAACAUCCAGAUUAGGGCUCUUUGUAACCCAGCCGACGGCUCUUUAAAGGAGGACUAAAUGCAUCCUGUAAAAGAUGACGAAUCGAUCUACCGCCGCGGCGCCAGAAGAUGGAGGAAGCUCUACCGAGUAAAUGGACACCUCUUCCAGGCCAAGCGCUUUAACAGGAAAGCGUACUGUGGCCACUGCAGUGAAAGGAUAUGGGGGCUGGGGAGGCAGGGCUACAAGUGUAUCAACUGCAAACUGCUGGUCCAUAAGCGCUGUCACAAACUCGUCCCUCUGACCUGCCAAAGGCAUAUGGAUCCAGUCAUGCCAUCACAGGAGCCCCCUUUAGACGAGAAGAAUGAAGAGGUGGACCUCCCCCCUGAACACACAGAGGAUACAGUUGGAAUAACUUUGCUACCACACAGUCGCAAAGUGGACAAAGUGGAAGAGGACUCGAAGGACAUCAAAGAGGUGGUGGGCAGGAUCGACGGUAUCAAGAUCUCCCAGGAGAUGGCGCUGGGCCUGGGGGACUUUGACCUGAUCCGGGUGAUCGGCCGCGGCAGCUACGCCAAGGUGCUGCUGGUGCGACUCAAGAAGAAUGAACAGAUUUACGCCAUGAAGGUGGUCAAGAAGGAACUGGUGCACGACGACGAGGACAUCGAUUGGGUGCAGACAGAGAAGCAUGUGUUUGAGCAGGCGUCUACCAAUCCGUUUUUAGUGGGCCUUCACUCCUGCUUUCAGACAGAGAGCCGGUUAUUUCUCGUGAUCGAGUACGUCAACGGAGGGGAUCUGAUGUUUCAUAUGCAACGGCAACGGAAACUACCAGAAGAACAUGCGAGGUCGUUCACAGCUUUGUGGAAGUUACCUGUGGGGCUGAUGUUUAGGCCAAGAUUCUAUGCUGCUGAAAUUUGUAUCGCUCUGAAUUUCCUGCAUGAAAAGGGAAUCAUCUAUCGAGAUUUGAAACUGGACAAUGUCCUCUUGGAUCACGAGGGACACAUCAAGCUCACAGACUACGGGAUGUGCAAGGAGGGCAUCAGACCUGGAGACACCACCAGUACAUUCUGUGGAACCCCCAACUACAUCGGCCCUGAGAUCCUCAGAGGGGAAGACUAUGGAUUCAGUGUUGACUGGUGGGCGUUAGGCGUGCUUAUGUUUGAGAUGAUGGCCGGGAGGUCCCCUUUCGACAUCAUCACCGACAAUCCUGACAUGAACACCGAGGAGCACCUCUUCCAAGUUAUUCUGGAAAAAACUAUUCGCAUCCCAAGGUCCCUGUCGGUAAAGGCUGCCAGCGUGCUGAAGGGCUUUUUAAACAAGGACCCCAAAGAGCGUCUGGGUUGCCAGGUCCAAACGGGCUUCGCUGACAUCAAGUCGCACACGUUUUUCCGCAGUAUAGACUGGGACCAGCUGGAGAAGAAACAGAUGGCCCCGCCUUUCAAGCCCCAGAUCACAGACGACUACGGCCUAGAGAACUUUGACACCCAGUUCACCAACGAACCAGUGCAGCUGACGCCGGACGACGAGGACAUCAUCAAGAGAAUAGACCAGUCUGAGUUUGAGGGAUUUGAAUACAUCAACCCCCUGCUGCUAUCCACGGAGGAGUCUGUAUGAGGGGGAGGAGACCUCCUUUUCUUCUCCCACCUGUGUCUGUCUACUGCCCCGUCCACCCCCACCCCUCUCUCAGCCAAAUCAAUGAACAACUCCCUCUGGCGAGGAGGAGUGGGAUGGAGGGAGAACAAAGGGAGGACAAGAAAUUCUGGGCUUUGCAAGAGGAUGAGGCUCGAGGACACAAAUGCAAAAAGGAGCCUUUUUUCUUUUGUCGUGUAUCUCCCACAAUGGAUUGCAUUAUUUUGUUGCCGGGGAAAAACUCUUUGGAGGUGGUCAACACAACAAAAUACACAGGAACAUUCUCAAAACUCCGUUGUUGAUUGUCUUCCUGUUUUUCUUGGCUUCGCGGUUUUGAUUGUUUCCCCCAGCAACUCAAUUUCUGUGUCAGCAGCACGGCAGAAAGCAACUUAAUUCUGUGCCUGCCAUUGUAGAACCGGUUUUUACAUCCCCCCCCCUGGUGGAAUAUGAAGGUUCUACGACUCAGAAGUUGAAUUUAUGUUGUAGGAAGCUUCGCUGCCUCGAGCAAAGCAAGAAUGUACAAUGAUGAAGGAAAAAAUAAUGCUAGAAGUUAUUCUUGUGUAUUCUACUGUAGGUAGCGACUCCAAAUCAAUGCUGCCUUUCUAUUGAUUAAAAAUGGUUUGUUUUAUUCAUGA